AUGGAAGAUACAGUUCACAAAGUGCCAGUAUUGGUAGUUGGUGGUGGUCCAGUUGGGCUACUGACUGCCUGGCAGCUUGCGCGCAAUGGCAUUCACUGCAUGCUUGUCGAGCGCAAUUUCACAACAACCCGUUCCCCGAAGAUGGAUAUCACCAACUGUCGCUCCAUGGAACUACUGAGGUACAUGGGCCUUGCUGAUAAGCUCAUAGCGCAAGCUGUUGCCCAGGAUAUCUCAUUUGAUGUUAUUAUCAGCACUGGUCUGGGUGAAAAGGGAGAGAAGUUAGCGACAUGGGAUCUCCCCUCUCCAAAUGAAUGGCGGUCGACUAUCAAGCAGAAGAACGACGGCUCCAUGCCGCGCGAGCCGUACCAACGCUGCUCCCAAGCAAUUUUUGAAGCCUGGCUCAAACGCUGCAUUGACGAUCAUCCCUACAUAGAAUCAUGUUUUGGAUUGAAGUUUGAAUCGCUUCAAGAAAGGGAUGAUGAGGUGAUUAGCAAGCUCGUGGAUGCCACUACUGGGCAGCACCACACCGUCAUGAGCAAAUAUGUAGUGGGCUGCGACGGAGCUGGCAGUUCUGUGAGAAGGAGCAUUGAAGUGAAGCUCACUGGAGUUCCAGUUCCCAGAAGGAUAUACUUGGUUCACUUCAAGUCUCGAGAUCUGAACAGGCUGCACAAGCAGGGCCGGUUCUGGCACAUUUUCUUCACGAGUGGUGCUACCAUAAUCAGCCAAGAUGAAGUAGACACCUGGACGAUCCAUAUGAAUAUACCUGACGAUGUCGAUACCGAUACCAUAGACCCAGAAGAUAUAAUUUUCCGUGGACUGGGGGGCAAUGGUGAACCAUACCCUAUUAAAAUCGAUAAAAUUUUACUUCAUAAUGCCUGGAGGCCGCAUCUGGCAGUUGCAGACUCCUAUCGAACUGCGAAGGGUAGGGUGUUUCUGGCGGGUGAUUCCGCUCAUCAGAAUAUUCCUACAGGUGGAUAUGGCAUGAACACGGGGUUGGGGGAUGCGUUUGACAUUGGCUGGAAGCUAGCUGCAGUCCUGAAUGGGCAUGGAGGAGAGCAUUUGCUCGCGUCAUAUGAGGCGGAGCGACGCCCGGUGGCACUUCGGAAUGUGGAGCGCUCAGCUGUACAUGCAAGAGUUCACAGUACAUACCGGGGUUGGGUGGCCGCCAAGGGAAACGAAAGUGUCGUCUCAGAAACCGAAGAAGCACGUAAGCUGAAAAAAGACAUAACUGACUUCGUCCGAGAGCAAGACGGUGAGAACAAGGAGCACGGCAUUGAAAUGGGAUAUCACUUUCCUAAUUCUCCCGUCGUUACGCGUGAUGCCAAGACCAGAGAGGAUGAGAAGGCAUCCGAAUGGCCAGCGCGGGUUUAUACUCCAUCUACAGCACCUGGGAGGCGCGCUCCACACGUCUACCUACGCGACAAUGAAAUCAGCAUCCAUGACCUGUUCGGGAAGGACUACACCAUCAUUGAUCUCACUCUGGGCGGGGAAAUUUCCAGGGCUUUUGAGGAAGCUGCAUUGAGGCUCAAGAUUCCGCUAAAGUUCGCUACAAUUUUCAUACUGAUCCUCGCGACACCCUCGUACGCCGAGGUGGUGCCUUGA